GCACGCGCGGGCCAUGGGGGGCAGCCUGCGGGUGGCGGUGCUGGGCGCCCCGGGCGUGGGCAAGACAGCCAUCAUCCGCCAGUUCCUGUUCGGUGACUACCCCGAGCGCCACCGGCCCACGGACGGGCCGCGCCUCUACCGGCCCGCGGUGCUGCUCGACGGCGCCGUCUACGACCUGAGCAUCCGCGACGGCGACGGUGCUGGCCCCGGUCAGAGCCCCGGGGGGCUAGAGGAGUGGCCGGACCCUAAAGACUGGAGCUUGCAGGACACGGACGCCUUCGUGCUCGUCUAUGAUAUCUGCAGCCCAGACAGCUUUGACUAUGUGAAGGCGCUGCGACAGCGCAUCGCGGAGACCAGGCCGGCGGGCGCACCCGAGGCGCCCAUCCUUGUGGUGGGCAACAAGCGGGACCGGCAGCGGCUGCGGUUCGGGCCUCGGCGCGCACUGGCUGCGCUAGUGCGCAGGGGCUGGCGCUGUGGAUACCUCGAGUGCUCGGCCAAGUACAAUUGGCACGUGCUGCGUCUCUUCCGCGAGCUGCUGCGCUGCGCUUUGGUGCGCGCACGCCCUGCGCAUCCGGCUCUGCGCCUGCAGGGUGCGCUGCAUCCGGCGCGCUGCAGCCUCAUGUGAUUGAAUUGGACGACACGACCGAUGGCGGGGAGGGGUCCUCCAUUUGACUGGAACAACUGGGGACCCGGAUUGGACGAGAUUGCCCAACUUCUCUCGGAUUGGACAGGACAGCCUCCUCUCUGAUUGGCUGAGGAACACUCCCACCCAGUCUCCUGGGCGACAGGCUUCUCUUUGAAUCUCAUUGGACCCAGCUAGGCCCCAUUGGACAGUCCUUUCUGGGACCUCAUUGGGUCACGAUCCCAUUGGAUGGAAGGGACGUGGUUAUGCAUCUGAUUGGAAGCUCUCAGACUGCUCUUGGAGUUCCAUUGGACAAACAGUUAAAUCCCGCCUCUCAGGAGGAAAUAAAGGGGGAAACAACUCAAGUGCACCUGGCACUUCUGGGAUGGCAGGAUAAUCUUAAGCGUGAAGGUCAGAGCUGCCAGGCGUUGCCCCCUGGCAAUUAACUCCAGAAUCCAACCUGUAAUGAGGGCCCCCAAAUGGGUGUGAUGGCCCCAAGGCUGAGUCCCCAAGAAGCAGACGCAAGUAGCUGGAACAAAACUUUACUGUCAGGCUCUGCAGGGCCACAGGACCGCAGGAAGGGUCCUUAUUGGGCUGGCCCAGCCCCCUCUAAGGCAUUCAAUAAUAUUAGUAAUUAAAUAGCAAUGCUCAUCCCCCAACCGGAAUGUACAACAGAGGUCCCAUUGUGCCAUGUGGUCCCAAGGGGUCUGGUCCCAUGAGGUCUGGUCCCCAAGAGGCAGGGGGGACUCCCUGAUGCAGAGGGGUU